AUGUCCCGAUACCGGUACUUGCAUCGGGCCCGAUACCGGUACUAUACAGAGGGGGCGUGUCCGGAUGACUGGCUGAGUGCGCGCUGCCUGUUAACCUCCCGCUGCCGCAGUCCACCAACGUGGCGCCAGACCGCAUGGCCGCCUCGGACUCCCGCUCUCGUCCUGCAGAUCUGUCCCUUGAUUCUCUGGCUGGCGCUGAGCUCCGUCCUGAACUUGGAUUUGGUGAAAGACAAAAGUUCUGAUGAGAUAAAACAGAUUUGGAAGGAGUUCUUCUCUAUGAAGGAUUCGGUGUACGCCGUCAUUCCGGGAGAAACGUUUGAUCUGUUGUGGACGAGGGCCCAGAGCUGCCCUGCGUUCCUGUAUGCGUUGCCGAGGGCGGAGGGCUACGAAUUCUUUGUGGGUCAAUGGUCUGGAACGGAGCUGCACUUCACCUCUCUUAUCAAUAUCCAGAGUGUCGGUGCCGCGGCGACCAGUCAGCUGAUUUUGCGUCAUUACACGGAACUCCAGAAGACGAGAGGAAUCGUCCUGAUGAACUCCGAACUGGACUCCAAAUUCCUGGUAAAUGUGGGAGUGGCCUGUCCUAAGGGUUGGCAGUCUUCAUGUGUAGUCCCGCCUCCUGGUGAA